UUAUUUUACUUGCAUCCGCUAACUUGGUAGAAAUGAUGACUUGCAAGAGCAAUUUAUAGCAGUAAUUAUCACAAAUAACAUCUACAAGACAGAACAAGAAAAUAUAUUUGAACAAAAAUUAUUUUUCCUGAAAUGCAUUGGAGAACAAUUCAUAUAUAGUUUUGAAGGUAGAACAGUUCAAAUUUGAAGUUGUAACUUCACCCCAAUUUUUCAACUCUAAUGUGUGACCACACACACACUCAUAUAUAUAUACAUAUACAUAUGUGUGUGUGGUGAUGGUGGUUGUAUGUACUAUGAGCAAACUUAGAAUUCAAUUAAUUGAAGGAUCAAAGUAAAUUAUCCUUUUAGUUUUGUCGGUAAGAAACUAAAUUUCACGUAUGGAAUUUUUGACCCAUGUUUUCUGUUUAAUUGUUUUUUCUACGGUUGCACCGCAAAUACAUUUAUCCAUAAAAAUCAUCUUCAAAUAUCAGUCUUUGGAAAAACAUUUUUAAAUAUAGUAAACACAGCAUCUUGUAGGGGGAGGAGGGGUGAAUUGAAAAAUCAGCAAUACCGCGUUAUAUAAAACUAAAAACUUGGCAGACUAGGAGCUUUCUAGGUAGCUUCAUGGCAACCUUUUUCUUUCCCUAUAAAUAUGUAUACAAAAAAAUCAGUUCCUUACCAUCAUAUCUUAUUCUAUCUGAAUCUUUUAAGUGUCAGAUCAUAGUGAUCUUUCCUAGUAUUUUAUAAUAAAUACAGAAGAAGAAGAAAAAUGUACUGAUCAAAGGCGAAGAUGAUGGAGCUGGAUCAUGAAGAUAAUGGAUCAGACAUUGAAGCUCAGCGAAGUUCCCCGCUGUUGAUGAAUGGAGAAUUGGGUAAAUCUAGUUUGAUCAUGAGGAAGUCGGCGCUCAUUUUCAAAUCUACUUACAAGUUCAUUGAAGCUGGAGCAAGAAUAGCAUCUCUUUCACGAGUCUCAUCAUCCUCCACCACAACCUUUUAUACUCCUCUUCCCAGCUUCAAUCUUAAACAUGGAGACGCGGAAGGUGGUGGAGAUGAAUUCCAGAUGGUUGAAACUGUGGCUGAUGUUUAUACUGUACAAUCAAACAAUGAGAUUGAGCUUCAGCCUCAUGAUCUAAGUACUCAUCAACAAUGCCUACAAAUUAGUGAAGAGAAUGUGAAGUUGGAAUCACUUCACAAUUUUGAAGGAGUCAAGGGGAGUACUGUUGAAAAGGGAAUUCAAGUUGGAGAAAUUUCUAGCUGCGACUUGUAUCAUCACAUGUUGAUCUUCGCAGGGUAUGGCAAAUUCAUGAUCCAACAUUUGGUAUUCAAGGAAUCAACUAUUUUUCUACUUGCAAUUGCUGCAAUAUUGUCAUUUGUCUUUGGAAUCAAAGAAGAAGGUGUGCAGAAUGGUUGGUUUGAAGGAGCACUUUUGGUUGUGAUUAUAUUUGUGAUUGUUUUGUUUAGGUUUGCAAGAAUUUGGUACAAAAGAUAUCUUUGGAAGAAGCAAAAAGAUCAAAAAGCAAGGAUGAAUUUACCCCCAUUGAUUUCUGAAAACGACUCCAGUUUUUGUGCCUACUUUGACAAGUUGAACAAUUACAUACAUAUCAGUGGGUUGUUGAUUGGCAUUUUGAUCACUGUGGUGCUGUUUAUUCGCUUUAAAUUGGGCCAUAAAGAUGAUGAGAAUGGAUACAGAUUAGAAACCAAGGAAGAACCAGCUGAAAUUGCACAGAUAAUGAAUGCCUUGAAAAAGGUUUUAACAGAAUCAAAGGGAACAGUAAGAGUUCUGAUAACUUCACUUGGUCUCGCACUGGUAGGGAUGACUGAAGGAUUACCAUUUCUUAUUUCAGUUGUGAUGGCAUAUUGGUAUCCGAAUUUUGAUGUUAACAUGGAAUCAGUCAGCACCUUCUGUAUAGAAAAUGUUGGCUGGUCGAAAGAGCAAAAAUUGAAAGUUACUAAGUUUCUUCUCGACAGAAAAGAUGUUACCAGGAUACCGCCACAUGUCUGCAGUGUUCUCUCUGAUGGGAUUGGCGUCUCCACUAUGACUUCUCAAACAACCAACCAAAGAAUGGAAGAACCAAUACUUUGCUGGGCAGAAAAGAACAUGGGUAUGCAGAGAGACAUUUUGCAUCAGCAGGUCAUCAUUGUGAAGGACAAUGAUAGUGAGAAGAAUCCUUUUGAAGGACCUUGUGGAGUUGUCAUAGAGAAAAAUGGAGAUAAUGGGAAGGAGUACUAUUCACACUUCAAAGGACAGGCUGAUUCAAUAUUGUCAAUGUGUUCAAGUUACUAUGACAUGCAGGGUGAAGUGAAGGAUUUGGAUGACGAAACAAAGAGUGAGUUUGCUCAAGCUAACAACAACAAUGUGAACGUAGUUGCAUUUGCCUGCAAACAUACUCAGAUUGUUGAAUUUGAUGAAAAUGGCCUAACAUUCAUCGGUAUGUUUAUCUUAGAAGAUAAUUUCAAUCUAGACAACAUGAGACAAGGAAUUGAGAUUCUAAAAGAAGGCGGAGUGAAGAUGAUAUUUACCUCGGAAGAAGAUGUUGAAGUGCUUCGUACCAUUGGUGAUGAAACAGGAUUGCUCAACUCACAUGAUGCUCUAGUACUUAAGGGCGAAGAUGCUACAAAGGAAAAUGUUGAUAAGGUUUGCAUUAUGGGGAACUCCUCUCCUGCACACAAGCUUCUUUUAAUAGAGCAGUUGAAGAAAAGAGGAGAAGUGGUGGCUGUGGUAGGAGAACAAGCAUCUGAAAGUAAUAUGGUUCUUGAAGCAGCUCAUUUUGGCCUGCCUGUGGUGACUAACUGGCCUGAAACUAUAACUUAUGUGAUUAACAGCAUCAAGGGAGGAAGAAUUGUUUGUGAGAAUCUGAGGCAGUUCAUCCAAGUUGAGGUAAUCUUGGCAAUCAGUAGCUUAUCAAUAAACUUCAUACUGGUUAUAGUAGACGGAGAUGCCCCGUUAACAAUAUUUCAGUUGGUAUGGGUUAACCUUCUUGUUACAUUUAUUGGAGGGCCAGCUUUGCUAAUUACUCUACUAAGGGAUGAGCUUUCUAUCAGACCAAGAAAACCGCCAAUUACCAAAGCUAUGUGGAGAAACAUACUUUUUCAAGCUUCUUAUCAGACUGGCAUUUUUGUAUUCCUUCAACUCAAAGGAAGUGCAAUACUGGGCAUCACUCCAAAAGUUAACAGAUCUAUAGUCUUUAACGGGUUCGCUCUGUGCCAGCUUUUUAACAUUUUCAGUGCAAGGGAUUUGGAGCAGAAGAAUUUUUUCAAAGGUUUUGGUCAAAAUUACUUGUUCUGGGCAUUGUCUGUGCUCUAUCUUGUGUUGCAGUUUGGAUUCAUUGAAGUAGAGGCUGUCUUUGUCUUUACCAACACGGCACGACUGAAUUGGAAGCAAUGGGUUGAAUCCAUUUUAAUUGGAGCUGCUACAUGGUUGGUUGAUGUGAUAGUAAAAUGGGCAUCACAAUACAUAAAGAUAGACAAAUAUUGUGAUUGUGGAGGUCUUUACCUAGCUAGAAACUGGUUACAGUAUUGGUUUAUCAGGAUCAAUUGCUGUUACUGUGGACAAAGAAGUACACCAAAUCCAACUCUUGCUUCCUUGGAUUAUUCGAGAUCCACUAGCGGAAAGGGCUGGAUAACAAAUAUCACACGUCGUGUUAAACCAACGAAGCAUAGAGCUAAUACUUGUUGCAGUCGCUUCAAUUUUUAGUAGAUAGUUUCCUCUGUUCUCUAUAGACGGUUAGAUACAGUUGGAGCAACACUAAAGUUAUCUCGAUGUGACCCAUAGCUUAUGGGUAAAUCAGCUGACCCGUAGAUUAUGGGUUAGAGCAGUACUAAAAUCAGCCUUGUAUCAGGGUACACACCCUUGAAGGGUGUCCUUUAUAGUUAGUUUGUGUUAAUUAAUUUCAUCAAGUUUUUCGGUU